AUGGAGGUAAUUUACGAGGAUUAUGGCAACUGGAGUUCUCAUGGUGGUAUUAUAGAUGCCCGUCCAACGAGAAUAACCACCAGAAGACGAAUGAAUCUCCAUGGAAAAGCUUUAAGAGCGUCCCUAGUGGUUACGGAUAAAAAUUCUGUCAAUCACUUAACGGAUUAUGGGGAUCGUCACAUUGAUUCAAUUACUAAAGUGAACUACGUGUUGACCAAUCAUAUAAUGGAUGUCAUGAAUGCCUCAAAAAGAUUUACUUAUACAUCCAGCUGGGGCAUCAAGAACAGAACAAGCAGCAAAUGGGAUGGAAUGGUGGGUGAAUUAUUAGAUGAGAAAGUGGAUUUUGGAGGAACACCAUUGUUUAUGACCACAGAUCGAGUGCCACUCAUAGAGUAUGUCUCCAUGACAGUACCCACUUAUGGUGCCUUCAUAUUUCGGUCACCCCCACUCUCCUACGUAACCAACAUAUUCUAUCUACCUUUCCGGGACACCGUGUGGUUGGCAUCUUUUGCCCUUGUGGCUCUUGCCACCUUUAUAUUUUUCUUUAGUUGGCGCAUCAACAUUCACUGCCGUAAAAAUGUCCGUCCCAAUGAAAUACCCAGAUUCAGCGACAUCAUCAUGAAUGCAGCUGGUGCUGUAACUCAGCAGGGUGCUCACAUGGAGUCUAAGAUUGCGUCUGGAAGAGUUUCCUCUUUCUUCCUUUUUCUCUCCAUGUUUUUCUUGUACACUGCCUACACGGCAAAUAUCGUAGCACUUCUACAAUCCACAACCACCAGCAUCUCAACGCUCAAGGAUCUCCUGGACUCCAGCUUAGAAUUUGGGGUUGAAGACAUCGUCUACAAUCGGUAUUAUUUCAAAAUGAUGACAGAACCUUUAAGGAAAACCAUCUAUGACACCAAAAUCGCACCACCUGGAAAGAAAGACAAAUUCAUGAAUAAAACAGAAGGUAUUGCUAAGAUGAGGAAGGGUCUGUUUGCCUUCCACACAGAAGCACGUGCUGGAUAUAAAAUGAUUGAGGAGACAUUCUAUGAGCAUGAGAAAUGUGGCCUCAAUGAGAUUGAAUAUCUACAAGUUACUUAUCCAUGGUAUGCAAUAAGGAAAUUUUCACCAUACAGGGAUAUCGUCAAAGUACAACUUUUCAAGUUGAGAGAGCACGGCAUUCAAUCACGAGAAGUUGACAAAAUCUACACAAGGAAGCCCGAAUGCUCAUCCCAAGGGAAGAACUUCGAGAGUGUACGUCUUAUAGACUGUCACGUUAUAUUGCUUAUCAUAGCUAGUGGAUAUGGACUUGCAUUGAUCAUUUUCAUAUUUGAGAUGUUGGUGAAAUUUUGUGAUUCAAGAGUAACAAAAGCCAUUUGUAUGUUGUAA